UGUUUUGUUUUGAGUUCGCGUUUGAAGCUUCCCAACACGUUUUUUGUUUACUUUUGCAUUUCUUGUAUAAAUUUAACAAACAAUAACAAUGCACAUUACCAAAACAGUUUUUUGCAAAUCUUAAACAUUUAAUCGAUAACUGAGCGAUGCCCUUAGAGGAUAUAAAUAUCAAUCCCGAAGCCAUUGUAGGUUAUGGGAAAACUGACCAAGAAAUGAGCAGCAUCUUUGACGAAAUCGAGCAGCUACUUCGGAACAAUGAGUGCUUAGAAAUUUCUCCAAAAGAAAGAACAAUUAAUACAAGUGCAAAAACCAAGCUCAGCAAUAACCUUCAAAAAGCGUCUAAAGCUGUACAACAGCCAGCAGCUUUAAAUGCCAUCACAGAUUCAGAGGCUGCGACUUUGGAUUUUUUGCCAACUUGCGGUAACCAUGAGUUUCUCACUUCUGUGGACCCACAAGUUUUGCCCGAGGACGAACUUUCAUUGUAUUCUGUGAAUCAAAAUGAAUUGCAGCCAGUUAAUGCGCCAUUUAUGGUGCCUGGCAUAUACAAGAAAAUUGCCAAUGCAUCGGGAGCCACCAGUGAGAUUUUGUCAGAGAAUGCUGCGAAGGAAUCGACGAAUGUGUUUUUUGCAGCAAAAUGUUCGAAAGGCAAGAUUAUUUCGCGAACUGAUUUUGAGAACGAUACGGUCGCGGACAACUCAUACGAACAUCACUCAAGCAACGUAGAAGAAGAAUUAACUUCGACGGAAUUGAAAUCUGAUGGUAAAACUAACAAUUUAUUAACAUUCGCAUGCAGUUUACACAAGGCAGCGCAAAGUGACCGAAUUGUAAUUGAUACAAAAGGAAACGAAGUAACGCGGACACGCGCCGCUACCAACCAGAAAGUAAUAUAUCGUUUAUUAGGACCAGAAGAACUAAAUCUGCAAACAAACAGCAUUGAAAAUUUAACAUAUACAAGCCCAGAUGAGAAUCGGCCCUUAAAACAUAAAUUAGGACGGCCAAAAAAGCAUGCAUUAGAUGAUGGGGAUAAACAUGCCUCACAGGUGUCUUUCAAAAAACAUAAACUCGAGCAAAAUGUAAAAGCGCAUGAGCCCACCGAAAGCGAGACUAAUAUACAACAGCCAUUGUUGCGUACCCGUUCUGGUCGUGUAGUGAAAUUGUUAAAACCGCAAUUAAACACCGUCAGGGUGAAUGAAACGCCAGCCAUAGAUUUAGACCACGUCAAAAGUUUAAUUAAUGAUUCAAAAGAUAAAGAUUUUCAUGGCAGUGUACUUAUUAACCCUCUGCCAAGUAAAACAGAUAUUUUAUCAUCGCCGCCUAUCUCAGGUUCUCCGACGCAAAAGCGACGAGUGCCACCGGAAUCAAUUUGUCCCAAAUGUGGAAAGAUAUUUUUGGGGCGUCGCUUGAAACGUCAUUUCACACAACAUCCAGAUCAUAUGCUUGCAAGCACAACUGAAUAUCCACCGAUACAACAACCGCAACAGCACCCUGACAAUGAAAGUACCACCGAAGAUAUGACACUCUUUCGUUUUCUCAUAUCAAAGCUGCAAAAACCACUACUUAACGAAGAUCAGCGUGCCGAUCUCUUUCUUAAUGAACUAAAUGAUCUCGUCGUGCAGUUGCAGUUACGCAGCGCACGACUGAUACGCAACACUUCCGGCUUGCAUUUCGUUAGUGCUCGUACAGCACGCAUACUGGGCAUACCUGAGGGCCAAUAUGCGCUCGAUAUGUCCGCGAUAGAUACUGAAACACCACCACUGGACACAGAGCAGCAUAGUUUAAAUGGAGAGGAAUUAAAACGGCAUGAUAUUAUGCCACCGGUGGGAACUGUAAACACACCGAAUUUAGAUUACACAGCAAUCAGUUUGGAUAAUACGCUUACGGACGAAGCAGCGCAGAAGUUAAAUUUAUCAGCCGGUGGCAAGUUAUUGCCACCAUCCGAAGAAAGUCUCUUGCGUGUUGCAGAUGAUCUUGUGCAUGAUGGUAUGGCCAAAUUGGUGGAUACAAAUCUACUACAUCCACCACGUACAGUUGUACAAUCAUCUGGCGUCUCAACUCUAGUACCGCACUACGAUCAUGUCAGCGACAAUGCAGUGGAAGCGCUAACUGUUAAAGAGAAUAACGCACCGCAAGAAGGUACUCCACUACUAGACUUGCCAGUGGACUUUUUUCAAUUCAAGAACAACCGUUGCAGUAAAAAUGUGUAGAGAAAUAGAAAAGCUGAGAAAUGUUCCUUUGAUACUACUGAAACUGCAAUUACAUACAUACAUAUAUAGGCUGUAAAAA